UGAAUAUUGUUUUUAUCUAUUUUCCAUAUCCAGUUCCCUCAAUCCAUCUUUUCUAGGGUUCACGUUUUGCUUCUUCCUGCAACCUUCCUCGAAGGAACCAUGAACGUCGCUACUUGUUCGGUAUCAUCAUUCAACUUCCCAAGGUGGCGCCGAUUCUCAAAACCCCUCAUGUAUCUCUCUUCUUCCUCAUCCUGCGUCAUGUCUCUCAUGUCUCCUCAGAAUUCCUCAGCUUCCAUAACCACCGCUGCAUCACCCACCAUACAGCCCAAGAAGAAGGAACCUUGGUUAAUCGUUGGCCUCGGAAACCCCGGGAAGAAGUACGCUUCUACUCGCCACAAUGUGGGAUUUGAGAUGGUUGAUACUAUUGCUGAAGCUGAAGGGAUAUCUAUCAACAGUGUUUCUUUCAAGGCCCUGUUUGGAAAAGGUGUUAUUGGUGAUGUACCGGUUAUACUUGCAAAACCACAGACUUAUAUGAAUUUAAGCGGUGAAUCUGUUGGGGCCAUAGUUUCAUAUUACAAGAUUCCAGUGAAGCAAGUACUCGUGAUCUUUGAUGACAUGGAUUUGCCUUUUGCUAAAUUGCGGCUGCUACCAAAGGGUGGACAUGGAGGUCACAAUGGAAUGAAGAGUGUUAUUAAUCACUUUAAAGGGAAUCUUGGUUUUCCCCGUUUAAGAAUUGGCAUUGGACGGCCUCCUGGCAAAAUGGAUCCAGUGGCAUUUGUUCUUCGCUCAUUCACUAAACAGGAAAGAGAAGAGUUGGAUUUUACAUUACAACAUGGAUUAGAAGCUGUGCGGAUUCUUUUGCUGGAGGGGUUUGAUAAAAGUGCAACAUUUGUAAAUAGUUCUAAGAAGAUGGAGCAAAUAGGUUGAGGGAUAGCCGACUUUAUAGACCUUUUGGCAAGUGCAAACAAACAGGUUUUAUUGGAAGAAGAUACAAAUAACUUCAAAGAGUAAACUCAUGCAAGGUUCUGUUGUCAAUUGAAAAGACCAAUGUUUAAGCAAGUAUUCAUCCAUUCUUUCAGAAAGCAGUUCCAGCAAAUGAAUUUGAACCAGAUGCUUGGAAUCUUGAGGUUCUUGUAGUAUACAUACUGCUAUGUUUGAUCAAUUUUGACUAGCUCCAUCACAGUGGAUUGUUGAUAUCAUGUUAUGGAAUCAGUAGGCAAUUGUAGGUAUAUUUUGUCAUAUAAGAUCAUUUUCUGUUUAUAAAGAUCCAUCUUGGGCUGACCACGAGUUGAUACCUCGAAUGCCACUUGACCAUUUGUGUUUGUCAUUGCAUUAGAUGACCUUGAUGUCUUGAAUUUACUCAUCCCAUUCCUUUUCCUCAUUCUUUGGGCCACUAGACCUUUUGUAUACUUUUUCAUAAUAGCAUAAUAAUAAUGAAGAGUCUUUGACUGCUUGC